AUGUUUAUUCACCAUCACAAAAAAUAGAACGAACGCAUCGAAACGGGUUGUGGCGCGGAUGCUCUCAGUGAGCGUAGAUGAGUCCGCUGAUGGAGCUCCGAGCGCUGCCUCCUCCAACCCUCGCUGGGUGCAUGCUUCCAUCAGUUAGACAACAUACUCAUGGCCUAAGGAUUCGUUUGACCUUCAAAUCAAAGGAUUAUUUAAUGUUUAUUCAAAGACGGAUCAUGCGGCACAUGUCGUUGAACAUAAGAAGCUCAGCAGAGAAUGAUAGUGGCAUCAAAGAUGAUAUGAAGGCAGCUUCCUCCAUAAAACCAUUUUAUGAUGCCCGUAUUCUCUAUAGCAUGGCACCAGCCAUGGGUCAUAAUAAGGAAUCUCACCCAGAAUCAAAUAAAAGGGUGCCAGCAAUUAUUGAUGCUCUUGAAAAGUUGGAACUCUCUCCUAAGUACCGCUAUUCGGAGGUGUUUGAAGUACAAAACUUUCGACCUGCUACUAUGGAUGAUAUUGCACGUGUCCAUGCAAGAACCUACAUUACUGGCCUUGAGAAGGCCAUGUCUAAGGCAACUGAUGAAGGUAUCAUUUUUAUUGAUGGAUCUGGGCCAACAUAUGCCACAAAAACUACAUUUGAAGAAGCACUUAUUGCAGCCGGUGCAGGGAUUUCCUUAGUUGAUUCAGUGGUUGAAGCAUCAAUGGCCACCCGCAAUCCACCUAUAGGAUUUGCCUUAGUACGACCACCUGGUCAUCAUGCAGUUCCAAAAGGUCCUAUGGGUUUUUGUGUCUUUGGAAAUAUUGCGGUUGCUGCGCGCCAUGCACAACAUGCACAUGGAUUGAAAAAGGUUCUUAUAAUUGAUUUUGAUGUUCACCAUGGUAAUGGAACAUGUGAUGCAUUUUAUGAUGAUCCAGAUGUAUUCUUCAUUUCUACUCAUCAGGUUGGAAGUUAUCCUGGUACUGGCAAGAUUGAACAGGUUGGUCAAGGCAGUGGUGAAGGAACAACACUUAAUCUGCCUCUACCUGGAGGGUCAGGAGAUAAUUCAAUGAGAUCUGUAUUUGAUGAGGUCAUUGUUCCAUGUGCCCAAAGAUUUAAGCCUGACAUAGUUCUUGUUUCAGCUGGUUAUGAUGCUCAUGCAUUGGACCCAUUAGCUGGUCUGCAAUUUACAACUGGCACAUACUACAUGCUAGCAUCAAGCAUAAAGCAACUUGCAAAUGAGCUAUGCGGCGGACGCUGUGUGUUCUUCUUGGAAGGUGGAUACAAUCUCCAAUCUCUGUCUAGUUCUGUUGCUGAUACCUUCCGAGCAUUCCUUGGGGAACCAAGCUUGGCUUCCCAGUUUGAUGAUCCUGCAAUGCUGUAUGAAGAACCCUUGUCUAGAGUGAAAAAAGUACUUCAGAAGGCCAAACACAUACAUUCUCUCUGAACUUUUGAGAAUUGCAUACUGUAGUCAUUAAAAAUUUAUCAGUCAACCCAUAAGCUUUUAGUCAUUUCCAGUUGUAUAUUUUGAUACACAUUGCAUAAUAGAAAAUGGUACAUAUUUUUCACUCAAGAUAAAGAUUCAACUACAUGGCGGAUUAGAUGCCAAGUA